AUGCUACGCGGGUUGGAUAGCAUUGCCAACUUCUUGCUCUGCAAGCUGUGCUACAGAUCGAUAAAAUCAUUUAAACGCAGAAGGAGAAGGAAGAAGCGGCAUAAACGAGAACAGCUGGAGAAGACGCUUCGUGUCAUUACUAUGGCCGCAAACGAUAAACAGAGACCAACGCAUAAUCAGUUGGCCGACCAGCACGACGAGCCCAUUCUUCACGGCUGUACAGUCCGCUAUUACCUUCUCGGUGCUGGUGUAAUGCAUUCCGCAAUGGCCGCCAUAUUUGCCAAAAUGUCUGAGGACAGUCUACGACUGGCCUUUUCACCAGCGUCUAGGACAGCGGAAACGGAGUCAGAAUCAUGUGGACACAUCCAGAGGCCGACUAUACAGUCUGAUGUCAUCGAUCUGAGUGUUAAGAGAAGUAUCCAGGACCACAACUGCGUUGAGAGGAUCCAGCCAGAGGUCCCAUCCCAUGUUCUACCACCAUGCCUUCCACCAAAUUCAGUGGGUCUUGCAGGCAGUACGACGGCUAUUAAAACCCCCGGAGACUCCCGCUAUGAAAACCUGGACUAUGGCUGUGAAAAGAAAUUCCGCAGUCAUAAUUCCCUUGUCAAUCAUUACCGCACACACACAGGUGAACGACCAUUUGUUUGUGAUUUUCCCGGUUGCUGGCAGGCCUUUGCGCGCCAGUCAAACCUCAUAACGCACCGGCUGGUGCACCUGGAUCGAGAAAUGCGACGCAAAUUCAUCUGUCCUGUGGGUGGUUGUGGAAGGAACUUCCUAAAGAAGACAAACCUGGAGGACCAUCUGAAUCUGCACCUGGGCCGCCGACCCUACAAAUGUGAACACCCUGGCUGUGCCAAAGCUUUCCGUUGCCGUAGCAAUCUGAGCGGACAUCGCCGAGUGCAUCUGCGGGCUAAGGAAACUGGCGCGUCCACUCAAUCCAGCGCUCUGGAAAAACGGAUAGAAAUGAUUUUAGCUAGGGCGGUUGAUAGCCCUGAUGGCCAACAGCCUCCCAUCUAA